UGCUCCUGGAUCUGAUCGGGUCACGUGCUGGUCCCGGUCCCGGUGUGAUCUUGGACUCGGUGCUCCUGGUUGUUUGUGUUUCUGAAGGGGGAGAUCUGCUGUCAGCCAUGCCGACGUCCCGGCCCGGUUCUGCGCCGGUGGAGUUCUGGGUGGACGGGUCGAGGCGGGACGGGGCGGUGGAGGAGUUCUACACCCUGAGCUCCGAGCUGGGCAGAGGAGCGACGUCCAUCGUGUAUCGCUGUGAGGAGAAACAGACGCAGAAACCCUACGCCCUAAAAGUCCUCAAGAAAACGAUCGACAAGAAAAUAGUCCGUACGGAAAUCGGAGUCUUGCUGCGUCUCCACCAUCCAAACAUUAUCCAGCUGAAGGACAUUUUUGAGACGGACACCGACAUCGCUCUGGUUCUGGAGCUGGUGACGGGAGGAGAGCUGUUUGACAGGAUCGUGGAGCGAGGGUAUUACAGUGAGAGAGACGCCGCUCACGUCAUCAAACAGAUCCUGGAGGCUGUGGCGUAUCUCCAUGAGAACGGCGUGGUGCAUCGUGACCUGAAACCAGAGAACCUGCUGUACGCUGAUCUGUCGCUGGACGCUCCGCUGAAGAUCGCCGACUUUGGUCUUUCCAAAAUCAUCGAUGAUCAGGUGACCAUGAAGACGGUCUGUGGCACGCCGGGCUACUGCGCUCCGGAGAUCCUGCGAGGGAACGCGUACGGCCCCGAAGUGGACAUGUGGUCGGUGGGCGUCAUCCUCUACAUCCUACUCUGUGGGUUCGAGCCCUUCUUCGACCCGAGGGGAGAUCAGUACAUGUACAGCCGAAUCCUCAACUGCGACUACGAGUUUGUGUCUCCGUGGUGGGACGACGUGUCCCUCAACGCCAAGGAUCUGGUCAGUAAGCUGAUCGUCCUCGACCCUCACAAGCGUCUCAGUGUGCGGGAGGCCCUGCAGCACCCCUGGGUGCUCGGAAAAGCCGCCCGCUUCUCUCACAUGGACACCGCCCAGAGGAAACUACAGGAGUUUAACGCUCGCCGCAAACUUAAGGCUGCCAUGAAGGCCGUAGUGGCCACCAGUCGGAUGCACGAGAGCUCGCGGCGUCGCACCGACAGCUGUGAGAUCCCGGGCUCAGGGACGUCGAGGCAGAGCAGCAUGCAGCAAGACCCGCCUCCAGAGUCCACAAGCCCCUCCCCCGCUGACGAAGAAGCCCCGCCUCCAGACCAGGACGACGAAUCAAAGCCCUCCGACCAAAGUGCCCUCACCCCGUCUCCUCCACGCACCCCAGAGCCCCCCCCUAGCUCUGAAGCCACGCCCACGGGCCCCGCCCCCACGCCAACAGCCCCACCCCCCACACCCACAGGCCCCACCCUUAUCAGGCCACCUCUCCGUGUCGAUGGGAUUCGACAGGCGUCCGUCAUCCCCAAAACGAUGCUAGUUCAGCCCCGCCUGCAGCAGAAAAGCUUCUCAUUGGUCGAGCCCAGUUCCAAGGUCAACGCCACAAUGGCCACGCCUCCAAGUACCAGCAGCCUCAGCAACGGCUUCAUGCCGGGGGCGGAGCCUGCCAGUAAGACCGCCCCCUGCCAGUGAUCACAUAUCGCUUUUAGAAAAACUUAACUUCAUCUUCCUCUUCUCUAAAAACAUCUCAAAUCACUUAAAGGGACCAAAUGAACCUAAAGCUUCUGUUUCAAACGGAGCUAACGUUUAACAUUAAACUUCCAUAUCUGCAGCUACGCUAACGUGCUAACAGAUACACUUGAGGGUUUGUUGGGUGUUUUCGCAGCCAGGACAGUUGUUCAGUCUUCAUUGUUGAGCUGCUGGUUUUUAGUAAGGAGGCUGGACAUGAUUCAAGGGACUUACGAGUUACUCAAGCUAGGCAAGAACAUUGCCCUUUUAGGUCGUUAUAUGGAACCUUGGGGUGGGAGUGUGGGAGAAUAUGACAAGAAAAUCCUUUUAGGGAUAUUCUCUGAGAUUAAAGUGGUCAAUUUAUGAGAAUAAACACUCACAUUUAUGAGAAAACUACAUUUUAAAACUAUUCUGGAUUAUACAUUUCUGAGUAAAGUGAAGAUCCGACCUUGCAAAGUGAAGCCAUGUGGAUCUUCGACAAAAACAUAAACCAUAGUUCCUUACAUUUGUGACUUAAAUCUCAGAGAAUUUGGAAAAAAAAUGUCAUGCAAAUGUAGAGUUUGAUCUCAGAGACAAUUUUUCUUGGAAAUGUGUGCUCUCUUUAUUAAUUUAAUAUGUUAACCUAGCAUGGUCUUGGGAAACCGACAAUAAAUCAGUUUGGCCUGUACUUAAAUGCCAAUUAAAACACUUUGAUAGUAAGAAGUUCAGACCUAGUCCAGAUGUGGUUAGCCUAGCUUAGCAUAAAUACUGGAAGCAGUGGAAAACAGCUCAAACACCUACCAACACCUCAGUAGCUCAACCACAUAUCUUGUUUGUCUCUAUAAUAAGUGGUAGCGACCUUUCAAUCAUAAGGCCGCUCCUUUAUCGUCUAUUUUACUCUAAAUGGGACCAUCAUUUAAAAAAUAAACAUCAUGCUGUAUUAAUAAACACUAGAAACUAGCGGUUUGAACCAUAAACUCAUUAAGAAAAUGUUUACUGGGAUCAUUUAUCAAGUAAGAGGCAAGGUCAUUUUCUCAUAGACUCUCAUAGACAUUUUUCAGAACCAGAAAGGUUGCCCCCUGCUGGUUAUUAGAGAGAGUGCAAUUUGAGGUACUUCCAUUAAGGCUUUACUUUUGAGACUUUAAGGCUCUUUGUUUACACUGUCUUAGGUUUGAUCCGCACAAAAACAGAAAUGUAAAACCAGAGACGCUGCACUGAGGCACUGGGCGGAUGGAUACAAUGAAGAAAUAGUUCUGCCUCGUACUUGAAAUGGGACAAACAGAGACUCUGGUUUCUUCCUCUUUUGGAAACAGAAGGUGACUUUUUCCUCGAAUGCUCAGGACGGAGCUGAUUGUAUUUUAUUAUUAAACACAUGUCUGCAUGGACACGGGUGUGAAGGACGAGGAGAAACAGAGCAGCUUCUGCAUCUCUUUGAGUGUCGGGGCAGCUUCAGACAAAGAGACUGAGAAAAGUUUGAAGAGACGAUCUGCUUUGUUUUUUUUAAAUCCUUUCUACUCUUUACUGGCGACUCCCGCUGGAUUUAUUCUGCAGCCGAAUGAGUAGAUAGAUCCGGUGUUUAUUUCAGUGUCGUGUUAGUGAGUAAAACGCAGUGUUGUUUACACUUUUAUCAGCAGUGGUGAUGAUGAUCUCCUGUUUGCACUGUACAUAGUUUGGUUUUAAGAUUAUAUCUGACAACUUUACCGCCCGACCAGAGACACAAUCAGUGUUCAGACCCCCCAAAUAUACCAAAUUUGACUUUCGUCAUUAAAGGGUAUCUUUUAACCUGGAAACUAUUUUCCCAUGUUUAAAUGUAUAAUGGGGGCAGCAAUUCUAGAUAUUAGUCCAGUAUUGAUCGAGAGUGCUGCAGCCAGGCAAUGAAAUCCUAUCAGGAAAUUAAUCACCGUCAAAUUAAAUCCAUUUCAAGUUUGUUGUAUACAACAUCUGACAACAUUUUGGAAAGAAAGAAAUAAAGAUUAAAUUAUUACAUUUAAUAAUAUUUUGGGGUUUGCUCUUUCCUGUAGGUUUUUGUGCAUGUAAAUAAAUGUUUAAAGCAAAAUUGGGAUGGACACAAUUACAAAUAGAGCGGGGGGAAAGGGUCUAAUUUCUCUGUAUGGGUCCUUUCUCCCUAAUGUUGUCAAAUAUUCUUAGACAUCUUGCUCUGGUAGGGGCAAAAACAAGCACUCUUAGUGGACAUUGACAGUGACAGUGAUCAAUAACAUUGCAACCCAUUUCGUAGCUUCAGUCUGCAAAUUAACAAAAAAAUGUCAUCCCCAAGACAUAACAACGUGGAGAGAUAGGGUCCAAGUUGAAGAACCGAAGUAAACCUUUCAAUGAAAUCCUUUGGACUACACGUUCUACCUCUCUUUGUACAGGGGCUUCCAAAAUAAUAAUAAAGAAAAUCAGACUGGAAAUCAAUCAAUCUUGAACCCACCGGAAACAAAAACACACAAAACUACGGUGGCCAGGAUGGACCAAACUGAAGUAAAGGUUCUCUGCCACCAAAUAAAAUGCUCAAUUUUAAAGAAGCUUUUCUUUUUAACCCUCCUGUUGUCUUCGGGUCAAAUCUGACCGAUUUACUACUUUCAUCAAUCAUACAUUUUUUGUUUUACAUUCGACUGCAUUAAGGCUUUAUGAUAUCCUUCACAGUAGACAUUUGAACAUAUACAAUAGCUGAUC